CAGCCUUCCGAAAAAAGUUCCAGUUUAAAUUAUUUUCAUGCUGAAAGUUCCAGUUCUCGUUUUAAGGACCCGAUGGGUCUCACGUCAUUCUGGAAAUCGAAACACGGAAGAACCGUAGGUACCUGUAUCGGUGAGAUGAUACAAAAAAUAGUAGGAUACCCUGUCUCCUCUGGACAAUCUUCGUUUCCACUUUGUACAAUAUCGAUAAUAGAUAACCAGCAACGCAAUGACAGACGGUAGCGUGGCAUCAGACCCGGUGUACGAUUUGGUUGUGGUCGGCGGAGGCGUGGUUGGAUUGGCGUGUUUGCGUGCCGCUACGCUGCGGGGCUGGAAAUGCGCACUGGUGGAAGGCGAGGUGGAUUUGCUCUCCCACGCAAGCGGGGGGAAUAGCGGCAUCGUUUGCACCGGCGUCGACACGAGACCCGGAACCCUAGAGAGAGCCCUGAUUCGAGACUCCGUCUCGGAGUUUCGCACCUAUUGCCAGAGCCACAAUGUUCCGAUGCGGCCGUGCGGAUCUCUGGUGUGUUUGUUCCCCUGGGACGUGACCUCCAACGAAAAAGACGGAGCAGAUAACAUUGCCAACGAUAACGACUGCACGAACGGAGAAACCGGAACCCACCAUCUUUUUCCACUUGAGAAAGUGUUGAAAGAAUCUCACAUAGCGGGAGAUAGUGGCGCAGCAUUGUUCGGUAAUGGGCAGAAAGUUCUGCUCGAAAAAGAAAAAAAUGUAUCGCCCAGUUUAAUGGGUGCUGUGCAUAUUCCUGGUGAAAUAGUAGUUGAUUCGUGGGUGUAUUCGAUAUCUCUCGCGGCACACGCGUUAGAAAAUGGUGCACAGAUUUACACAAAUUUCAGGGUAACUUCCAUAAAAAGAGAAGAGAUAGGAGACCAAGAUGAUGGCAACGAUCGAACAUGGAAAGUCAGCCGGGAGUGCGGAAACGAACCGAGCGAUGUUCCUACAGUAAUCCGGGGCAAAGCUAUCUUGAAUGCAACCGGAAACUGGUCUGAUGCAACGGAGAAAGUAGCGUUCGGAAGCUCCGAAUGGGUUGCAAAACCCAGGCGAGGCCAAUAUCGCGUUUAUAAUUCGAACGACCAAACGCAAAUUAUACAUCCACUACAACCCAUCCCGUCGCAACGAACGAAAGGAAUCUUUGUCUUUAGCACGCUAUAUGACCAGUUGGUUGUUGGACCCACCGCACUGGAUCAAUCCUCGAAGACAGACCGAUCGAUCGAUCCCAAGGUCGCUCGGGAACUCGACGAUCACAUUCGCCGGGUUAUUCCCAACAUCGAUACUGAAAAGUCUUACGUCGGAGACUACGUCGGAAUUCGUCCGGGAACCAACCAUCGUGACUAUCAGAUUCAUCUCAAACCAGAGAAACGUUGGAUUGCAGUUGCUGGAAUCCGUUCUACGGGACUCACGGCAAGCCUGGGAAUCGGCAACUAUGUUGUUCGGCUGUUGCAGAGUAUCCUUCGGGACCCAUCGGAUGCACUGCGUGAGGAUGGCGACUCUCAAGUACACGACCAGGCUUCUAGCGAACGUGUUAUCAAAACGACACCAAUGCCCACGGUUGAGAAGCUGGCCGAGGAUUUUGUAACGAACGGGGAUGGCUGUUGCACAAUACACGGUCUUCGGUAUCGCGUCACACAUCCAUUGACAAAACUAGGUUUUAAGUCUUUGAUGUCGAACAAAUUGCCAAGCAAAAGUUGCAGAUGAUCUAAGCCGAAGCAUCUCUCUUCACUAUAACUAUGGGUAUAUACCUAGCUCGGAUAUACAUAGUUUGAUGCAAGAGAUUUUGUCGCACUGUGACUCUAAACUUGUCACUGAGUUUUAUCAAUUUACCAAAUAUUAAACAAUAUGACAACAUGGCAUGAAACAAUAAUAAUGUCCUUUCCCUGUGAACGAAUGAAUUGUAACAGUAAAUUAGCCUUACUUAUUGUUGCACUCUCCAGUCCACCCUCUUAUCGUUCUAGAUUCGUUUGAUUUCUACUUGAAUUCGAUCUUGAGCAUCAUGGGGAAUCAUGGUAUCAUUUGCUCCAGCGUGUCUUUCGAGCUUCUCUUUCUGCAUCAGUUUAAUCUCCAUCACAGCGUAUGUUCCCCCCGUCGUUCCCUUCGUCAAGUGUCCUGGAUUUACCGCAAUGGUGCUUCCAACAAUCGGGGCGCAAAACGGUGUGAGGCGACUAGGAAGAAGUAAAACAUCAGGUCGACA